GUGAACUCCGUUGUACACAAACGAUCGUUCACCGGGAGCACGCAAAAACGUUCGAUCAGUGGAGUUUAUCGCUUCAGUUGUGUCCAAAAUCAUCCAGGAGCAUUCCAAUUAUUGUGUGUCUAGCAAUGUCGAUCAGGGUUCCUUUGUAUGGAGAGCUUCUCCAGUGUCCGUACGAACGAUCGCAUUUGAUCCGCCCGGAAAGAAUGCAAGUGCACUUGAUCAAGUGUGAAAAGCAGCAUCCGCACAUAAAGCUGCAAAAAUGUCUUUUCAACUACACACACCAUAUCAAGCCGGAGGAAUACCAAGAGCACCUCCGCGAAUGCAAGGACCGCAUUUUGGUGGAAAGUUCCCGGUACGUAACCGCUGGAGAAGCUUCCAAACCACCACCGGUUCAGCCAGUCGUUGAAGAGCACUACACUCCUGAGGAAGUGGCCGCCGCCUGGGGCGAGGAAAACUGGGACGACAUGGACGAGAAACCGUACGACCCGCAGAAAUAUUGCCGUGAGAACAAGAUUAUCCAGAAGGCACGACUGAUGACGAAAUCGGAGAAACGGGCAUUCUACCAGGCGGAGUCGAUGCGCCAUGAUGAGCUUGCGAAGAAGGAAGCCAUGGCAUCACCUACGAAGGAGCCACAAGCGGGCUCGUCCCGGAAGAAGAAGUAGGACAAUUUCCAAACUUCUUUUUCUAGCUCUACGACGCAAUUGGCGAAGAAAUGGCGUCAUGAUCAUCCGACCUAUCGCAACAUCGUACAAGGUACAACAAAAUCGCCAUGAAACUAAGGUUAUCCACAAGACGCGCAUCUGCAAGUGUAAGCGAAGAAGGAAGAAAAUCGCUAGCGUUUUUAAGUAAAAUGAGCAACGAGCUGUCUAAACAACCACGACGCAAUCGUUGAAGAAAUGACGUCAUGAUCAUCCGAGCCAGCGCAACAUCAUCGUACAAGCUACAACAAAAUCGCCAUGAAACAAAGGUUAUCCAGAAGACGCGCCUCUGCAAGUAUAAGCGAAGAAGGAAGAAAAUCGCUGGUGUUUUAAAGUGAUAUGACAAAGAGUAUUUAAACAACAUCUAGAUCAUCCGAGCUAUCGUAACAUCGUACAAGUUAUAGCAACAUUUCCUUGAAACUAAGGUUAUCCAGAGGACGUGCCUCUGCGUGUGUAAGCGAUGAAAGUAGGAAAUCGCUAAUGUUUUAGAGUAAAAUGAGCAACGAGCUAGCUUGCCAUCAUACAACCCACAGCAAUAUCGCCUUAAAACUAAAGUUAUCCAGAAGACGCACUUCUGCGUGUAUAAGCGAAGAAGGAAGAAAAUCGCCAAUGUUUUUAAUUAAUAUAAUCUACUAGUUGGCUAUAUAACGUCACGAUCAUCCGAGUUAUCUGAACAUCGUACAAGCCACAGCAAUAUCGCCUUGAAACUAAGCUUAUCUCGAUGGCGCAGCGCCACGUGUGUAAGCGAAGAUGGAAGAAAAUCGCUAAUGUUUUAAAGUAAUAUGACAAACAGUAUAUAAGCAACAUCACGAUCAUUCUAGCUAUCGCAACAUCGUACAAGAUACAACGAUAUCGCUUUGAAACUAAGGUUAUCCCGAAGGUGCGCGAUGAAAAUCGCUAAUGUUUUUAAGUAACAUGACAAAGAGUAUCUAAGCAAUGCUAAUGAUCGGAGCUGGCGUGGCAAGACGAAGAUCAUUCUCCAUUCAUCAUCACGGAAAACCCGUUAUGACUGGCGUCAACGGUCAAGCGAAAUGCGGACUGGAAUAUAGUGUUAAGAUUUUAACCCUUUCACAAUUAUGUCCGAGACCUCACACACAUAUUUUUUUAAAGUGAUAUACUGCCUCAGUACCGACUUCGAUUGAAUCGAGCUGUCUAUUUUCAUGCAUAUCACGUCAAAAGAACCGAACCUUUGGCGAAAUAUAUAUAUGAACAUUGAUAGCACGAUUCCAUCGAAGUCCGUGCUGUGGAUUAUAAUGACCAAUUUGAAAACAUAUUUUAAUAUUUCUUUUUUAAAGUUUAACUUCUUCCUACGCAAUAUAGGCCUUAAACUACAUAGUAUUUUAUAAUGGAAAGUUUUGUUUCAUUUUCUGCCAAUGUUGAAGCUGUGAAAGGGUUAAUUUUAUACUUAAUAUUUUUUAAAUUGAUAUGACAAAAUUUUAUACCAAAAGUAAAGGUAGGCAUACAUAAUGUUUCUUGGCAAAAUGCAUAAUAAAACUGUUAACAUACUAUAACUGUAAAAGACCGUUCGACGAAAAUCUUCCAAAAUGCUUUAAAUAAAGAUAUAU